ACGCCCUCGCCUCGACGUAGACCUAAACGCCCUCGACGUAGACCUAAACGCCCUCGACGUAGGCCUAAACUCCCUCGACGUAGACCCAAACGCCCUCGACGUAGGCCCAAACGUCCUCGACGUAAGCCUAAGCGCCCUAGACGUAGACCUAAACGCCCUCGACGUAAACCUAAACGCCCUCGACGUAGGCCCAAACGUCCUCGACGUAAGCCCAAACGCCCUCGACGGAAGCCCAAACGCCCUCGACGUAGGCCCAAACGCCCUCGACGUAAGCCUAAGCGCCCUAGACGUAGGCCUAAACGCCCCCGACGCAGACCUAAACGCCCUAGACGUAGACCUAAACGCCCUCAACGUAAGCCCAAACGCCCUCAACGUAAGCCCAAACGCCCUCGACGGAAGCCCAAACGCCCUCGACGUAAGAGUACAAAACAAAAAGGUCGGAGCGGUAAACGACGAAAUGGGCGCAAGAGCAAAAAACGAAAUCCAUCCAAGCGUCAGCGAAGACUGAAGCAAAAAAGGGGUCGGAGAAAUAGGUCACCACAAACUAAUCGAACAAAACAAAAUAGAAAGGGCAGAACGAAAGGAAAACCGAAGAAGAAGAAGAGCGUACUAGCUAGGGUUGCUCAAAGGAUCAAAAAAUUCUUUGCUGGUCUGGGGCGAUCCCCUUCCAAAAAGACAGCACAGUCAAAAUCCAGCGUUGGCAACGGAAUAAAAAACAAACAGAAGGCGCCACGGCUCGGCAAUAAAAAAGAGGCGAAAGGAAAGCCUAAAACUAGCAUUUUCGGCAGAGUUAAGAAAUUCUUGAAAGGACUGUUUCCAAGUUCUAAGGUUCAGAGGGGUAAAAACAAAGGCGACGGAAAAGGGUCCAAACAUAUUCCAGGUGUAAAUGGCAAAAGAGCAUCAAGUUUUCCGGCAGGCCAAGAUGAAGAGCCGCAAGGAAAUGGCGGAGGAAGUCCGAUCACCUUCAGCUUCGGCUUCGGAGGGAACUCCGGUGGCGAUGACCCAUCCCCGGCGGCGCCUGAACCCAGCUACCCUCCUGCGGCAGAGCCUGAACCUUAUUACCCUCCUGAAGCAGAACCUGAACCUGAUUACCCUCCUGAAACAGAACCUGAACCUGAUUACCCUCCUGAAGCAGAAACAGAACCACAAACAUCGGAACCGGAUCCGACCGAAGAACCGACAUCUGAUGCAGAAGCUGAUCCGGCCGAUGCUGUGGAAACGGAACCCGACACUACUGACGCGGAAGAAACAGAAGCCGCAGAAUCCAUAAAUGCGGAUGGAGACAAACGGAACAAAACUGGCAGCCCAGGACUGACCAGCAUUAGAAAUUGCUCGACGCAUGAAGUCUGCGACAAAAAUAAAACCUGUCAUAAGGCACAGAGGACACCAGAUGGAAACCAGACGACUUCGGCCGAAAAUAACAACACUCGGUGUAAUGAGGCGCGCAAACCACCCGCAGGGCAAACACACGCCCCGCUGAUGGCGCGGCGAGAUCAGACUACGAAAACAUACGGCUCCCACCAAUCGGAUCAGGUGGCCACGUUACGCUCACUGCAGAUAUUGAUCAACAAAUAUUUAAAAGCGCUAGAAGAUGAGCGGUGAGGUCGUUGUGGAGCCUACCGCCAGCAAGACAUUACAGCCCCGAAUGGGACCGUCUUGGUGUGAUGAACGUGAGGCUGCGACGGACUGCGCUGGAUUGAACUAAAUUUGUGUCUGCCUGUUCGGUGGAGUCGAACGUUCACAAAAAUACACACAGAAUUGACAUGUUUAAAAGUUCACCAAUUGUGACACUUGGCAGAUGUCUGCUGCCUGGAAGCCAAGUGAAAUCCGUAAAUAAGAGCGGAACAUUUGAAUUCGGGUCACACGAAUAUUCGACGGAUAUUUGGAUCCGGUGAAUGUUUGAAUAGCAAGGUCCGUAUGCUGGAAACAUUAGACAAGCUACUGAAAAA